AUGGUUGACUUCAACCCUUUGCUAAAGAAGGCCUACUGGUCGUUAGCCGUAGCUGGUUUGAUCUAUGUGGGCAUCGUCUGCUCUCUGACCUACCCAGUAAUCCAGAGACUUGCAGUGUACGCCAACUUUAUUAAUCCGACUUUAUGGCAGGACGUCAACUUGGUAGAAUCUUUCGGCUUUCUAAAGACACAAGUCCAACCCUUUAACCUGGUCACUCCUGAUAACGAAACGAUCUAUGGCUGGCACCUCCUUCCAUUGCAUCUCUGUCGAGAGCAUGAAAUCGCGCUAGAUGUGGACAAGCCAACAGGCCCUGAAGACGAAUACACCUUGUCUCCUGCAUUCCGUCUCCUAGCUAAUGAUCCCAAUGCUCGGGUCGUUGUGAGCUUCCACGGCAAUGCCGCCCAUCUAGGCUCUGCCCAACGCCCAGAAACAUACCGCAUGCUCCUCGGCCUCUCAACUCCAGCCAACCCAAUUCACGUCUUCGCUAUCGACUACCGCGGCUUCGGGGUCUCCACAGGCACACCAACAGAAGAAGGCUUAAUCACCGACGGCGUAACCCUGUUAAACUUCCUCACCUCCGCCCCACUGAAUAUCCCGCCAUCCCGUAUCGCCAUCGUCGGCCAAAGCCUCGGCACAGCCGUCAGCGCCGCCGUAGCCGAACGCUUUAUCUUCGGCUCCCCGGACCCAACCGCCAUCCAACCAGCCCUCAAGGACCCGGAGCCCUUUGCUGGCGUUAUUCUCCUCGCUUCCUUCAGCAGCAUUACCAACGUCAUUGAGUCCUACAGUGUGAAGGGAAUCACGCCGCCACUCCUCUCCCCUCUCCGAGGGUACCCCUGGCUCCAGAAUUGGGCUAGAAGCCACAUUGUAGAUCGCUGGGAUACUGCGGCGAGGGUGGCGAGGUUGACGGGAGUUAACAGUACUCUAAAUGUCAAUUCUGCGUAUGCGGAGAAAGGUCUAGACCUUGCUAUCAUCCACGCGAAGAAUGACGUCGAGAUUCCCUGGUAUGAGGGACGGCGUGUCUGGGCUGCUGCUACUGGCGAAGGCCGAAAAGAUGCCCCGGGUGCUCUGAAGUAUGAGAAGAAGGAUUUCAAUAACCCUGCCAGUGAGGUGAUGAUUUGGGAACAUCGAUCUGGAAAGGAACCUGGUGCGGUUAAAAGGGUUCGGUGGGAACGAGUUGCUUAUGGAGGCCAUAACCGCUUGGCGACGUUUUCAUCAGCUGCCCUUGCGGUGUUGAGAGCUUUCGAGGAGUAA